AUGAGGAGGAAAAAAAUCAACCUUUCGCUUUGCUCAAGUAAACGAAAUCGAGGUUUAUCUACUAUUAGAAAGUAUCGACACUAAGAAAUCAUUAGGCUAUGAUAAGGUACACCCACUUUUAUUAUCCUCUGCUGCACUUGAAAUAUUUCGACCGCUGACACAUAUCAUAAAUUUAUCACUUAAACAUGGCAUAUUCCCUGAUAACUUGAAAAUUGCCAAAGUUAUACCAAUCUUUAAACAAGGCUCUCGUUCCUCAUGCAAUAACUAUCGCCCCAUAUCAGUUCUUUUAGCAUUAAGUAAAAUUUUUGAGAGAUGCAUUCUUAACCAAUUAUCAUUUUAUCUCACCUAUAUUUUGGUACCAAAUCAAUAUGGCUUUAGAUCUGGCGUGACCACGGUUGACUGCCUGGUAGACCUUAUAGAUGAGAUAACGAAAGCCCUUGACGAAGAAAAUUAUGCCAUUUCGAUAUUUCUAGACCUAAGUAAAUCAUUCGACACAGCCAACCAUUCUAUCCUGUUAUCAAAACUUGACGUAUAUGGUAUACGAGACAUUGAAAAUCAGUGGUUUAGGUCUGACCUAAACAAAAGGAAGCAAAAAGUGUUUGUUAAUGGCGUUGAAUCUGACUUCCUAGAAGUAACUCAGGAGUACCGCAAGGGUCGAUCUUAGGUCCGGUCCUUUUUCUAGUUUAUAUAAAUGAUAUUGUUAACGCGACUAACUACUUUUCUAUAAGACUAUUUGCCAAUCAUACUUCGCUGACUGCGGCUGGUAAGGAUUUAGAUUUAUUGCUACAGCGAAUAAAUUCUGAAUUGCCAGCAAUUUAUAAACGGUUUUGUUCAAAUGGAUUAACUCUGAAUUUAAGUAAAACAAAAUACCUUGUCUUCCAACCGAGACAAAAAGUCAAUUCUAACUUACACCCUCCUCUAAAAAUUGCCGACCAUUAUCUUGAGCAGUUGUACAACGUUAAAUACGUAGGAUUAGUUAUUGAUUGCUUUUUGUCUUGGCAUGAUCAUAUUGACCACAUCAGUAGUAAAAUCAGCAAAAGUGUAAAUAUCAUCGCAAAACUGAAACGACAUGUAACAACCCAGUCUUUGAUAAGUAUCUACUAUGCACUUGUCUACCCCUAUUUAAACUACGGUUGCAUUCUGUGGGGGUAAUAAUUACGAAGCUCCAGUAUCACAAUUAGUAAAGCUACAAAACAAAGUUGUGAGAGUUGUUAAUAACGUUCCACUUCGUGAUCAUAUUACGCCUCAUAAUGCAAACCUUGGCCUAAUUAAGCUUCCUGACAUUGUUAAGCUAAAUACCUGCCAGCUCCCAGCGGUACAUCCCCACCCAGAAAUUCCAACAGUGCCCCCCACCCCCCGGGCAGCUGAUAUACGAUCACUUUGUAGAUAAAAAGCCGUCUAAUUUCACGCUGGCUUCAGUAUCUGAGCAACAUAAUUAUGACACAAGAAGUGCAUCCCUGCAACACCUAAAUCCAAGUAGCUUAAGAAUAAAUUUAAGAAAAUUCUGUCCAACAGUCAUAGGAUGCUAUUAU